UGACUCCGCUGCUGUGCUGCUGACCUGCUGGAGUAUUUUACUCAAACUUUUCAUGUUUUUAAUUCUUCCAGCAAACAGAAAACCCCAGUUUUAAUGUUUUGGUGAUGUAUUAUCGUCUGAUUGUGCUUGCUGCUCUGCUCCCAAGUUGUUCCGGGGAAUCCUCGGUGGAUGAUCCAGCGAAGAUGGUCCUGGCCUUUGCUGGUGGCGCUGUCCUUCUGCCGUGCAACUUCAGCCUCCCCGCUAGCGCCGACGUCCCAACAGUGGAGUGGUCCAAGCAAGGCCUGCACCCCGACGUCGUCUUCUUGUACCGGGGUGGCUACGAGAUUAAUGAGGAGAAGCAUCCGGCCUUCUGGUACAGGACGAGCCUCAUUGCAAAAGAGCAGAAGAACGGAAACUUCUCGUUAAGGAUCGCCAGCGUGCGGCUGUCCGAUGCAGGGACGUACCGAUGCAAGAGGCUGAGGGGGACCCACGACGUUACAUCAGUGGAGCUUGUUGUGGCCUGUCUUCAGAUCAGCCCUGACACGUCUCAGUUCUUCCGGUACCAGACCGCCACCCUGCGCUGCGAGGAUCCGCUCAACUCCACCGGCUGGAAGGUGAAGAGGAAAACGCCGGAGGGCGGGGUCCGACCCUGCACCUCCGGCUGGGGCACCGCCUCCUCGAGCUCUACCUGCGUCAUCAAAAACACUUACCCAUCAGACACCGGGGUGUACUGGUGCGAGUCUGCGGGCGGGGAGAGGAGCAACGGCGUCAACAUCACCGUCACCGAUCGCAAUGUGCUCCUGGAGAGUCCCGGCCUCCCUGUGUUGGCGGGCGCUGCUGUGACUCUGCGCUGUAAAGCAUACGAACUCUCCCCCAAUCACACGUAUGAUUUCCAUAAAGAUGGCCGCGUCAUCGGCAGCAGCUCUACAGGAGAGCUGACCCUCCAAAGUGUUUCCAAAUCUGAUGAAGGACUCUACGUAUGCAGCAUCCCUGGAUAUGAAGAGUCACUAGGCAACUGGAUGGCUGUUGAAGGUCCCCCUCUCUCUUCAUCUUCAGCUCCGCCUGCAGCUUCCUUUUCAGUUUCUUUCUCCAGGGUGAUGUUUCACCUGCUGGUGGGAACUCCUUACGUGGUGUCCACUAUCUUACUGGGACUCAUAUACAGAGACAGAAACAGAGCAGCUCGGGUGGUUGCAGAGAGAAGAGGCAGCAACGAUGUCAUCAUGGAAAUAGUUGUGUAGUCCUACAAACUGGUAAAAGUGUCAAAGAAACUCAGCAUCACAUGCACCACGGGACAUCCCCUUGACCUCCAGCGUUCAGUCGUAUUAUCUGACUACAUAUAAAUGAUGUUUUGAUGUGUUUUUUUCUUUCUAAUCCAAGCUAGAGUUAUUUAAAUCUGAAGACUGAUCUGCAACAUCAACCUUACUUUAGCUGAACUAAUUGAGAAAUACAAUCAAGUACUUAAAAAUUCAGAUGCAAAUAAAGAACAUUUCAGCAAG